AUGCUAAAAUCUUUGUUAUUAUUGGUUGUUUUGGGUGGUAGUUGUUUUGGGUAGGAUUUUGAGAUGUAAGUAGUGAAACUAGAAGAAGUGAAUUAUAAAAUAGUGAUAAAAGUAAUAGAUUUUUCAGCUUAUGCUUUAUCAGGGGUGAUUAUAAAUGUGAAGUAGUUGGUUAUAUAAAUAUUAGGAAUGGCAAUUCUUAUAUAGGGGAGAAGAAUCUAAUGACAGACAGCAGUGGUACAGUUACAAUGACUGGAAAAUUUGUAAAAUAAAAUUCUUACUAAAUUAUUGCUGUUGCAUCAACAAGCUUUAAUGACAUUUAAGCAUCAGCUUAGAUUAAUGGAAUAGCUGACAAUAGUGGAACAAUAGUUUUUAAUGGAGGAGUUUAAUUUACUUAAUCUGAUGUUUAUGUAAAAGAUGUAUUUUAGCGUGGCUUAAUCUUUGUAAAUAUCUAUUGUAAUUAAAGAUAAAAACUCUGUCAAAUUCAAAACCAUUACCUGGAGUAUUAAUUCAAUUUACUGCUAUAUAUUUAGAUAUUAAUAAAUAGACAAAAGAAGUUAAAUUCAUAGCAGUAACAAAUGAAAAAGGAGAAGAAAAUGUUCGAUUUUUAUUACCUACAACUGGAGGUUCAUUUAUAGUAUUGUACACUGCAUCGAAAUUAGAGUAUUGGAAUACUUAACAAUUAAAUAGAAAUUCUUAAGAGUUCGUUUUAUGGCCGUAAUAAAAUUCAUUUAUUAUAUAAUAGAGAAAAGAAAUAUGAAUUAUCAGUUAAAAUUGAUUUAUCUCCUGGUCAAUUUAAAUAUAUUUUAUCUGCUAUUGUCUAAGAUUAAAAUUAAAAACCAUUGCCAGGAGCGAAAAUGAAAGUAACAGCAAUCAAUUUGGGUUCAAAUCAAUAAUUAUAAGAAAAUAAUGUAAUUAGUGGAUCUGAUGGAAAAAUAUCUAUUAUAUAUGAUCUAAAAGCUACUCCUAAAUUACAUAUAAAAGAAGAAUUAACAAAAAAUGGAUAUCUCAGUUAAAAUUUAGAGUUUGAUUAAGAUUUUGAUUUAAAUAUUAAAAAAGAUUAAUUUACUCAUGAUUUAGGUGUAAUUAAAUUACAAGAUGCUUCUGGUGAUUUAGAAGUAUAUUAUAUUUUAUAUUAUUAUUUUAGAUUUCAGGAGUUAUAACAGAUUCAUCUAAAUUAGUUUAAUAUGUUUCUGGUGCUGAAAUAGUAUUUACAAUAAUAGACAGUAUAUAACCAGUUAAAGUAAUAACUGAUGCUCAAGGUAAAUUUAAAGUACAUAUCUUUGUUCCUUCAAAUCAAAAUUUAUAAGUUAAAGCAACAGUUACAGCAAAAGGAUUUGUAGAUUAAAUUAUUCCACCUAAAAAUAUCAAUGUUUCUUCAAAAUAACCAUUCUAAUUAAAAUUUGAUGUUAUUCUUGAUAGGAAAAUUAAAAAAAUAACAAUAAAAGAUAAAUUAUUAGAUUCAAAUGGAAUUCCUAUUUAAAAUGCUAAUAUUAAAAUAAUUGAAAGUACUCCUCUAAUGAAUGAUAAAUCACUUUAUAAUAAAGAAAUAAUUGGCAAAUAAGAGUACUUUAUAUUUAAUAUUAAAUAGUGGUACAUUUGAAUGUAUUUUUGCUUGUUAUGAAGAUUAAAAGUUUACAGCAACCUUUGUAUUUUAAGUUUAAUAAUAUAUUCCAAUCACAUAUAAGACACCUUAAUUAGAAUGUUAAAAUUAGGAUUUAAUUAAAACCUAAAUUACUUUAUCUAAAUCUACUUCUCGUCUUACAAUAAAGGGUUAAGUUAUAGAUGUAGAUUAAAAACCUAUGAAAGGAUUAGCACUUAAAUUUAAAUCUGAUCCUACUUUAACUGUUGCUAAUCCUAAUUUAACUACAGAUGCUAAUGGUAAUUGGUAAAUUGACAAUCUCACAGUUAUUCCUUCAACUAAUUAUAAAUUUACUAUAGAAUACAUGAAUGAUAAUAAAUAAUUGACUGAAGUUUCUUCUAAUUUUACGCCAUCUCUAGAUAAAGAAUAAACUUAUACUUUUCCAAUAAUUGGGUACUAAAGAUUUGUCAAAGUCAAAUUAUCUGGUAAAAUAACACCUACUGAUGGAAAAGCAGCAGUUCCUAUUCCAUUAGUAAUUACAUGUGAUUCUAAAGGGAGAGAUGGUAAACCUAUUGUUGUAGAAACUAUUACUAAAUAAGAUGGAACAUAUUCUGUUGAAUUAGAAACAUUAUCUGGAUCAGAUAAACCAUUAUAAUGUGUAGUCACUAAUGCUUCAGUUCCAUCAGGAUAAUCAGGAACAUAAGGAUAAUCUGGAUAAGCUUAAAAAAAUCCAAUUUCCUCUGUUUAACCUAUAAAAAUAAAUGUUGAAGUAAAAGCACCUAAUUGGUCUGCUAGUACUAAUAUUCCAGUUACUUAUAACACUGUAGACAUUAUAAUAAAAGGAAUGAUUAGUGAUAAAACUAAAGUGAUCUCAACAAUAGAAAAUGCGGAUGUUGUUUUAAUUAUUACACCUUAAGAUAUAUAUGUACAAAAUAAACAUUUAAUAGAAUAAUAUUUAUUCUAUAAAAAACAUUAUUAAAGUACAGAAACAUAAUCUAAAUUAAGUACUAAAACUGGAAAAGACGGUUCAUAUUAAUUUAACUUUAAAGCUAUUUAAGCAUAUAAUCUAAAAUUUUAAAUCUCAGUUUCUAAUCCUUUGUUCAAAGCUUAGGAUAAGUAAUUUGAAGAAAAGUGCUUAUAAUCUGUUACAUUAACUGAAAACUUUGAAUUGGAUAGAAUUACUAUGCUGACUAAAUUACAUUCUAUACUUCUAGAUAGUAAUAAGAAACCUAUUCCAAAUGCUACAAUUAAAAUGACUUCAUCGGAACCAUUAAUGUUGAAUUCAAAAUACUACAAUUUAGCUAUAAAAGAUGAUGAAAAAGGAUCAUUUAUUGCCGAUUUUGAAUGUUAUAAAGAUUUUGAAUAUAUUGUUGCAUUCUAAAUUGAUGUACCUUAAUUUGAAGAAUAAAAAGUUAAAAGUUCAAAAUUUAAAUGUUCUUAACCAUAAAUAGAAUUAAAUCCUUUAAGUUUAACAUUAUAAAAAAUAGAAAUAAAAGCUAUAUUAGCAGGUAAAGUAGUAGAUCCUCAUGGAAAACCAGUUGCAAAUUUACCAUUAACAAUCUCAACAUAACCAGAAAGUUCUACAAUAACUUCAAAAACUUAAAGUGACGGUACUUGGUUAGCAACUGUUCCUAAGAUAUAUCCUAAUACAGAAUACAAAGCUAUUAUCAAAUAUUAAGAUAUUAAUAAAUAAGAUUAGAAAUUAGAAUAAAGUUUUACAGUUUAAAGUGAUAAUUAAAAAGUUUCAUUAAAGGAUAUAAAUUAUGUUGAUUUAGUUAAUGCAAAUAUAAAAGGUAAAAUAGAGAUGGAAAAAGGAACAUUGACAUAACCUGUGAAUAUGAAUUUGAGUUGUUAAGGUUUCAAGGAUUCAAAAGGUCCUAUUAAUAAAGAUUUUACAACAGAUAAAAAUGGAAAUAUUGAUGUCUAAUUUUAAGUAUUAGCAAAACAUGAUGAUAAAAUUCAAUGUUUGAUAAAACCAAAAGAUAUCAUUUAAGAUAAUGGAUUCAAAGUUGAAUUAAGUCCUCCAAAUUUCUAAGCUGAUGGAAUCACUAUUAAAAGUAAAUUCAAAUCAACUAUUUAUACAAUAAGUGGUAAGUUAAUUGAUGAAACUAAACUUGAAGAUAAAUUACCUGAAAUACAAAUGAGCCUAUCUUUAAAAUAAAAAGAUCCACUUACUGAUUAAUUAAUCAAAAUUAAAAGCUCAAAUGAUGGAACAUUCACAUUUAAAUUUGAACUACUAAGAGAUAUUAUUUAUGAUGCAACAAUUACUGUUGAUGCUUCACCAUAAUUUUAAACAUCUAAUACUAAUUUAUAAUUAAAGGGAAAAGAAGAAAAAUUGUAAAUUAAUCAAAAUAUUUCAUUAAAGAGAGUAGUAAUUGAUUGUACAAUUAGUGGAUCUUUGGUUGACUCAUAAAAUAAACCUGCAGAAAAUGCUAAAGUUGAAAUAAUAAGUUCUAUUCCCUAAAUGGAAAAUAGUUAAUUAUAUAAUAAAUUUACAUCUGCUCCUAAAGGAGAAUUCUCAAUACCCUUUCAAUGUUAUAAUAGUGUUUCAACAACUUUAAAAAUGGAUAUAUAAUCAGAUUAAUUUCCUAAAUCACCAUUGCCUCCAUAAGUAUUUACAUGUGGUGAAAAGAAUAUAAAACUAAAAGCAAUAUAGGUGUCUACAAAGAAAGUUCAAAUAACUGUAUCAGGUGUAUUAACAGACAGCAGUGGUAUAACUAAAAAUGCAUAGAAUGCAGACAUAGAAAUAACAUUAAGUCCUUCAGAUCCAUUAGCUUCUUAACUUAAAACAAAAUCUGAUUUAAAUGGUAAGUAUUCUUUAAGUUUUGGUGCUGUGCAAGAUUAAAAUUAUAAGGCAGUGAUAUAAAUAAAUCAUCCAGAUUUUAAUACAUACAAAUCUGCUAACAUAGAAAUAAUAACAAAUAAAGAUUAAGAAAUAAUAUAAAAUGCUGCAUUAGAUAGAAUAAUUUUAAAGGCAACAGUUUCAUCAACAUUAAAUGAUCCAUAAGGAAAAGCAUCUCCUGUAUCUACUUUAACAGUUGAAUAAUUAGAACCAGUUGUAAAAGGAACUGAAAAGAAUAAAAUAACUGGGAAAUCUGAUGUAAAUGGUAAAUUUAGUUUAUAAAUACCUUGUUAUAAAAACACUGAUGGAUCUUUUAUAUUAGAUAUAUCAGCAGAUAAAUAUAAAGAUACAAAAAGUGAUAAAAUAGAAUUUGAAUGUAAAGGUCCUGAGAUUGAAUUGCCUGCAAUAAAAAUAAAAUAAGAAUUGACUCCUACAAAUACAAAGUUAACAGUUGGGGGUGAAAUAAUAGGUCCAAAAGGUAAAGGGUAAUAAGGAGUAUUAGUAAAAUUAAUAUCAGAUCCAGUAACAAAAUAAUUAGAAACGAAAACAGGAUCUGAUGGGAAAUGGUAAUUAAUAGAUGAUUAAUUAUAAUUUGGAAUAAAAUAUUAGUUAACUGAAUAAUUUUAAGAUGGCAGUGGAUAAAUUCAUAAAGUUACAUUACCAUUUCAUACAAAUGAUAAUAAAUCAGAAUUAAUGUUUCCAAAAUAAACUUAUGAUGAUUAUUUACCUUUUGAGAUAGAUGGUUAAGUUACUUCUUAAGGAGGGAUAGCUCCAUCAAAUGUUCCAGUUUCUAUGUAAUGUGAUGCAUUUGGUAAAGACAAUAGACCUAUUGAUAUAAAAACAAAUACUGAUAAUAAAGGUAAUUAUAAAGUUGAAUGGGAUAUGUUAAUGAAUUGUAAUUCUAAAGUUGAAUGUUUAGUAAUAACAUAAGAAACAGCCAAAUUUAAAUAAACAUCUCAUAGAUUUAAUAUAACUCCAAAUAGUGAGAUAGUAAAAGUAUCUACUGAAGCUGAAGUAACACCAGAAUUCUAAGGAUAACUUACUAAAUAUUAUUAAUAUUCAUCAAUUAGUGGUGUAGUAAUGGCAGAAUUUGAUUGUAAUAACUAAUUAGAUUGGAGAGGCUUAGAAGGUGUCAAUGUUAAACUCAAAUAAUGGAAUGGUAUUACUUAUACUGAUUUGAAUGCUGAAACAAAGAGUGACAAAAAUGGUCUCUUUGUUAUUAAGUAUUAAGUCUUAAAAAGGUAUUUAAAUAUUAUUAAUAUAGUUAAAUAUAAAAUGAAAUGAGACUUGAUUUUUAUAAAGAUCAUUAUUAUCCUGCUUCUGCAGAAUUUAAUAUCUAUUCUUUUGAUCCUCAACCUGAUGGUUCAUAUCUUGUCUAAUUAUCUAAUAUUAAAAUGGUUAAAAUUGGAGCUGCUGAUAAAUGUCCUUAAAAAAAACGUAAGCAUUGA